UCAAGCGUUAACACCCGAAACUGCGCAUAGUUCAACUUGCAGGUCGCUUUCUAUUUGUAUAUAGGUACUUUUUUUGAGCAGGCACCAUCUAUUAAAUACGUCUAUGAGAUUUUAUUAUACUUACAUUGACAGUAUUCAAAAUGACAUGAGAAAUCAAUUGCAUGUCAACAUAAAACGCAAAAAUAAAAUUUAAUUGUUUUUAAAUAGUAACCUGUUAUUCUAAUUGGAAUAAAAAUGGCUGCUCGUGAAUCAGCUAGGGGCGGGUAUAAAAUAACCAAACCAAUAUUAUCCGGAGAUUAUUGCGAAGCACACAGGCGUGUCAUGGGCCUCUAUCGAGCCUAUUUUCGUUACCUUCCAUAUGUAGUUAGACGAUUCGACAUUCCCAAAACUCCGCAAGAUUGCAGAAUGAAGUUGAGGGAGUAUUUCUAUAAGAACGCCUGCGUCACGGACUUACGUGUUAUAGAUAUACUGGUUAUCAAGGGCUUCAUGAAUCUGAGGGAGAUGACGGAUAAUUUCCAGCAAAUGGGACACGUCAUGGCCCACUGGCACCCGACACUUGAACCUAAACGAUGCGAUUUUAUCGGCAAAUUUCUAGCAAAUGAAGAUUAGUUUCUAAAAAAAUAAGUCUAGAUUAAAAGAAACUAAAUUUUUAAUAAAAAGAUGAUUUACGAAGAGU